ACAAAUGCAGCCGCACACUUCUUGCCGAACUUAAUGAGGCACAGAUGAAAAAUCCAGUUUAACGUUCCACCAGUUUGCUUCGUCUGAAAACGGAGCAGCUCAUAAUGAUUUAAUUCAUCCCAAACAUACCGCUGUUUGCCUGAUUUUGCUCAUUUUUCUUUCUCUGAAGGAUACUCCAGAUUUUACACUGAACUUACACUGCUUGAAAUGGGCAAGUUAACAGUAAUUGUUUCUUGCUUGAUCGGCUUCGUGCUGCUCAUUUCCGGGUGCACGGCGCUGCAGUGCUAUGGAACGUUGGCGACGUUAAAUUGCGGACCAAGCGAAGUGUGCUACAAAUACCGCACCUCUUCGACAAUGGGAGGCGUUGUAACGAAAGGCUGUAUGUAUACCACCAACGCCAUGGGCUGCAGCAUGAGCGGCACAACAGAGAUGUGCUACUGCAAUCGGGAACUGUGCAACGCCGCCGCAACCCGUAAAAUACAACUCGCCUGGCUGUUGACUCUGCUUAUCGGCGUCCUUUCGAUGACAAAAUCGUGGAGCUAAGAGUUUCUUUUUACCGCAUUUACGGAUUAUUAUGAUGCUUGAUUGUUACAAUCUCGUGCCCAAAUACGCCCAUUACAGAGAAAACGUAUUGUUAACAAAAUUUUUGCUGUUGUAGAUAUAAUUGUUUACACUAGUGUUGUUUUAACAAAGGUGUUUGUUUGAACAAGUUGGUGAUUGCCAAUGCCGAUGAAAAA